AUGGCAAUGGACAUAAGAAAUAUAGAAUGCAGCGCCGUAGAAAUUACGGUAUCAUCUCCAAAGAAAUUACCGGCUAAAGCAAGAGAAGAUUUUAAUGUAGGAACUUCAAAAAUUGAUAUGACCAAAAAAAGUCAUGGGUUGAACCCUUUGCCUAUAGUUAAUAAAACUUAUGGAUCGAAAAAUAAUAUCAACACAAUGAAUAAACGUCGUGAAUCAAUGAUCGAAGAGCAAGGUUACAAGCGGAAGAGCGAUGUUGAUAUCAAUGAUAUAGCAAAAUGUUAG